AUGAAGAACCUCUCGUUCCUGUCCGUGUUGGCCCUGGCGGCUGUUCCUCACGUGUCCGCUCAUUACUUCUUCCCUCACUUCAUCGCCAAUGGCAACUUCACGGGCUACUAUGAGUAUGUCCGCGAAGACACUCAGAGCUACAUGCCCAUGAAGGGCCAGUAUGCAAGCAACGAUUUCCGCUGCAACACUGGUUCCCAGGACUUUGCAGCUAAAACGGGUGUCUACAAAGUCAAAGCCGGCGACGAGAUCGGCUUCGGAACGGACUUCAACGCGCUCAUUCAACACCCCGGCCCGCUUCAGGUGUACAUGUCCAAGUCGACCACCGACGAUGUUCGCGACUACGAUGGCUCUGGCGACUGGUUCAAGAUCUACGAGCUUGGUCCGCAGGAUUUCUCCAAUAACGGAAUCACCUGGGGUGUGACUGAUAUUGGCAACUUUACAUUCCCUCUGCCCAAGGAAGUCCCCGCUGGUCAAUACCUCGUCCGCAUCGAACAUAUUGGUGUCCACGGAGCUGGAGAGUGGGGUGGUGCUGAGGUCUUCUUCAACUGUGCCCAGGUCGAGGUUGAGAGUGACAGCACCGUUUCCCCGGGUCCAACUGUCAAAAUUCCCGGUGUCUAUGAUGGAUAUGAGCCUGGCAUUCUGUUUUACAUGUACCGUGAUACUAUUGUCAACUAUACAAUGCCCGGUCCCAGACCAUUCCCUGACGCUGCUUUGCCCAACGUGGCUGCUUCCGGUGUGAGUGUUGCUCCAACUGCGACCCCUUGGACCCUGCCCGCUGUGACACGCUACGCUUCAUCCGCCGCUGCUUCGUAUGCAACUGCCUCUUCCAAGGCCGUGGUCUCGGGGCUCUCCUCUGUUUCCAGACUCCCCGCUAGCUCUACCAGUACACCGCUGAGAGCCACUUCCUCCGUCGACUAUGCUGCCAAAUCUGCCGAUAUUGCGGUUGCUGCUGAAUCAAGCCCCGUGUUUGCUUUCACUAUGUCCACGGACCCCGCUGUCCCUGCUACGACCGAGGCGUCUUUGGUUCCUACGUCUUCAGAUGCUACUUGUGGCCCUCGCUUCACUGUCACUGUCCAUGAAACUGUCACCGUUCCCUCAUCUAAGCCCACCUGUGGUGCCACAAUCACAGUCACUGCUACUGUCACCACAACCAUCGCCCCGACUUCCAACUAG